CUUAGCGCUACAGUGCAUGAUGCAACGCCUGAGUCCAGGAAGUCGCUGCUGCACGUUGGGGUGACGGGACGGCAGGUGGUGGUGGUGGUGUUGGAGGCUAUGUCCUUGGAAGUGACCAGGGCCACCACAGAAAUGGUGCUGGAGCUGUAUGUGUCGGAUCGAGAGGGAAAUGAUGCUACAGGAGAUGGAACCAAGGAGAAACCAUUUAAAACAGGUCUAAAGGCUUUGAUGACAGUAGGAAAAGAACCAUUCCCUACCAUUUAUGUAGAUUCACAAAAAGAAAAUGAGAGGUGGGACGUUAUUUCUAAAUCACAGAUGAAGAACAUUAGAAAAAUGUGGCAUAGGGAACAAAUGAAGAAUGAAUCCCAGGAGAAGAAAGAGGCAGAAGAUAGUUUGCGAAGAGAAAAGAACCUGGAAGAAGCCAAGAAGAUAUCCAUUAAAAAGGAUCCAAGUCUGCCAGAGCCCAAGUGUGUGAAGAUUUGUGCAUUAGAAGGAUAUAGAGGCCAAAGAGUAAAGCUGUUUGGCUGGGUCCACAGGCUGCGUAGACAAGGAAAGAAUUUAAUGUUCCUGGUGUUGCGGGAUGGUACAGGUUAUCUUCAGUGUGUCUUGUCAGAUAGUUUGUGUCAGUGUUACAAUGGAGUAGUCUUGUCCACCGAGAGUAGUGUUGCAGUAUAUGGAACACUAAAUCUUACCCCAAAGGGCAAGCAGGCUCCCGGGGGCCAUGAGCUGAGCUGUGACUUCUGGGAACUCAUAGGAUUGGCCCCUGCUGGAGGAGCUGAUAACCUGAUCAACGAAGAGUCUGACGUUGACGUCCAGCUCAACAACCGGCACAUGAUGAUCCGAGGAGAAAACAUGUCUAAAAUCCUCAAAGCACGUUCUGUUGUCACCAGGUGCUUCCGAGACCACUUCUUUGAUAGGGGGUACUACGAAGUUACUCCUCCAACAUUAGUGCAAACGCAGGUUGAAGGUGGCUCCACACUCUUCAAGCUUGACUACUUUGGAGAAGAGGCAUUUUUGACUCAGUCCUCUCAGUUGUACCUGGAGACCUGCCUUCCAGCCCUGGGAGAUGUGUUUUGUAUUGCACAAUCAUACAGGGCAGAACAGUCAAGAACACGAAGGCACCUGGCUGAGUACACUCACGUGGAAGCAGAGUGCCCUUUCCUGACCUUUGAGGACCUCCUGAGCCGGUUGGAGGACUUGGUUUGUGAUGUCGUAGAUAGAAUCUUAAAGUCACCAGCAGGAAGCAUAGUACUUGACCUCAAUCCGAACUUUAAGCCCCCCAAACGGCCUUUCAAACGGAUGAACUACACAGAUGCCAUUGUGUGGUUAAAAGAACACAAUGUAAAGAAAGAAGAUGGGACUUUCUACGAAUUUGGAGAAGAUAUCCCAGAAGCUCCUGAGAGACUGAUGACAGACACCAUUAAUGAACCAAUCUUGCUGUGUCGAUUUCCUGUGGAGAUCAAAUCCUUCUAUAUGCAGCGAUGUCCUGAGGAUCCCCGUCUUACUGAAUCAGUUGACGUUUUGAUGCCCAAUGUUGGUGAGAUUGUGGGAGGCUCCAUGCGUAUCUGGGAUAAUGAAGAAAUCCUGGCAGGUUAUAAAAGGGAAGGUAUUGAUCCCACGCCAUACUACUGGUAUACAGAUCAGAGAAAAUACGGUACAUGCCCUCAUGGAGGAUAUGGCUUAGGCUUAGAACGAUUCCUCACUUGGAUCCUGAAUAGAUACCACAUCCGAGAUGUGUGCUUGUACCCUCGAUUUGUCCAGCGCUGCAAGCCAUAGUUAGUUCCUCUCAAGUGUAAAGGAAUCAAUAUGAUUUAUGAAAAGAACAGGCUGCCUCUUACAAAAAAAAAAGACAAAAGGCCAAAACACCUUCUCUUUUUUGUUCUAUUAGGAUAUAACUGUUUAUAUCUUCUCUACCUUCUCAUUCCCACUAUCAUAAAAAGGAGUGCAUGUUACUGGAACAUCAAGUGACAUUAAUGUCACUAUAAGAGAAAUUAUGUGUUACAGAGUUUGUGGAAAUAUGUGGCACAGAACUCACUAACUGUAGGUACAUUUCAGCAUUUUACCCAGUUAUAGGAUAUAAUUAUUGUGUUCAAUAUACUAUACAUUAUUAAAUUUCAUACAUAAUUAGUUUUCAGUUAUGGUCUGAACCAAUCAAAUAACUUAAUCUUUGUAUCCUUUUAAAUGUAACUAGAAUUUCUUUUCAUUUAUAUCAUAUUAUUGUAUCCAUGAGUUAAAACAAACAUCUUGGGGAGAAAUUGGCAAAUAUGGCAUAAAAAUUUGCUAGUGUUAGAGAACAAUACUGCUAGUAUUAGCAGUACAUAACUUGUUUCUGAUGAAUACAGUCUUUUGACUCGAUUAUUAACCUUUUCUCAAGUUGUAUAGCUGCUUUUAGUUCUGAGCCAUACAGAUUGAUUUGAAAGAAUUUGUAGAAAUGGAGUUUCCUUAAAUUUUGGAAUGAGCAUAAUUUGGUGGGGAGGCAUAUUUAGAUGAUUCACAGAACCCUACUUAGUGUUUGUUUAAGGUUAAGAGGCAGACUGAGCUUCCCAUUUUCCUGGUGAUGUUUAAGUAAUUAAAAAUAAAUAAAUUCAAAAUGUAUUUGCAGGUGAAAUCUUACAACUUAUAGGUGGCUGUGUGAGUCAUCCUACCAUCUCCUUAGAUCUGAUCUGUGUUACCUUAUGAACUCAUCACAGGUUUAUUGAACAGCUUCAUCUUAGAUAUGGUUAAUUUCUCCCCCAAAUGCAUGCUGCAUAUUCUCCCUAGUCUGUAUCCCCAGCAAUCAAUAAAUGACCACUUGUAAAACA